ACCGGCACACUCGCCCUCCUUUCCUCAGCCAUGGCGUCCAAACAGCUUCUGGUCCUGAGCGUGGUCGUGGCUUCCAUCGCAGCGGCGCCUCAGUUCUUCAGCGACGAUCAAGCGCCUAUUCCCCACGACUUCGCAUACGGCGUCGAGGUGCCCGAUACGGGAGAUGCAAAGGAGCACAAGCAGUCUGUGUCUCCUUCGGGAAGAACCGAAGGCGAAUACCGAUGGCUUCUUCCCAACGGCCUCUUCAACGUCGUCAGGUACUUCGUGGACGGUGACUCCGGAUUCCAGGCCGAGGUGAGCGAGGAACCAGGACCCGCCGUCGGAAACUACUACACCAACUCCCUCAGCCGAGAGAGUUCCUCGGGAGCCGCGUCCGCCGCGACGCAGGACUUCGCUCGCAGCUUCAGCGUGCAACAAGCCAACGUCGGGAGGGCCGUGGAUGUCAUCAGCGCCCCGAGACCUACUCAGGUGUCCUUCUCUGCUCCCAGACCCAAUCAGGUCUCCUUCACAUCUGCCCCAAGGCCUACUCAGGUCUCUUUCUCUUCUGCCCCAACACCCAAUCUGGUGUCCUUUUCCUCUGUCCCGAGCCCUAAUCAGCUCUUCUCUUCCGCCCCGAGUCCCAAUCAGCUCUUCUCUUCCGCCCCCGCCUUCAACACUCAGCAACAGACGUUCGGCGGAGUCAUCGACGGAGGUUUCAUUGACGGAGGAAUUAUUGACGGAGGAAUAAUCGACGGAGGAAUCGUCGACGGCGGCGUCGUCAGCGGAGGAUUCAGCGGCAACUUCGCCACUAAUUCCUUCGACAAUUCUGCUGUGAUUCUUGCGAGAAACAACAGGUUCACAGGAUAAGUCUUGUCAUCCUAAGUGCAACCUUUUCUUUCUCUCGACCAAGAAAGGAUAGUCAUUACGUUGUUCUGCAGGGAAUUACACCGUGUUGGCAGAUGGUACUACAUUCACACAUUAAAUAUUGCAGUUAUAUGUAUAAAGCUUGGUGUUAUUCACCAUAUCUAGCUAAUCGCAGUUCCUAGAAAAUAUGUAUUCACUGUGACAGCCACGGACCAAAAAUUAUAACUCCUCUGUAGUCACAUGUAUUGUGUUGAGAAAAUAUUUUUCAUUGUUAACAGCCGUUCCUAAUACUUUUGUUGAGAAUAAACAAUGUAUUUAAUUU